UCAGAAGGCAAGACCAUGUGGCCCUUAUUGGGCAAUGUUCUGAGCAGAUUGCAACAGCAAACUAUUUUGAGGACUGUAUGUUAGAGGACUGUGUACACAUACUUCUUCAUCUAUAUAUAUCUAAAUAUCGGAUCCAGUAGUCACAGCAAACACAUAUCAGCAUAUUAUCCAGCAAUACAAUUCACAUACACAGGAAACUAUCUUCUUUUUAAUUGAUUCUUUCCAUCAAUGGCUAGACAUCUAUCUACUAUUCUUGCUAAACAAAUUCUGCGCCGGUCUGCAAAUAAAGCAUCUUCAAGUUCUUCAAAUGUCCCAAAAGGCUUCUUAGCAGUUUAUAUUGGAGAGAAAGAGAAGAAGCGAUAUUUGGUUCCUAUAUCCUAUCUAAAUGAGCCUUCAUUUCAAGAUUUGCUAAGUAAAGCAGAAGAGGAAUAUGGUUUUGAUCAUCCAAUGGGUGGUUUGACAAUUCCCUGCAGAGAAGAUACUUUUAUUGAUGUAACUUCUAGCUUAAGUAGAUCAUAAGAGAAUGAAAGUUAGUCCAACCACAGAAAAUAGUUUUGUAUGGUAGAAAUAGAUCAAUGUAGAUAAUUUAUUUUUAAUAGAAUUUAUCUUAUAAUUUGCAA